AGCAGCUGUGGCGGGGGCCGAGGAGGGACAUUUUAAAAGGGCCGGAGAUUGCGGGCGUCAGUGGCCAUGGCGGAUACAGCGACUACAGCAUCGGCGGCGGCCGCUAGUGCCACUACCGCCUCUACCGAUGCACCUCCUUUCCAGCUGGGAAAACCUCGCUUCCAGCAGACAUCCUUCUAUGGCCGCUUCAGGCACUUCUUGGACAUUAUCGACCCUCGCACACUCUUUGUUACUGAGAUUCUCUGCUGUUGGAGCAGGCCUCCCCAGUGCCUGUGUUUCCAGUGUUUCCAGAUACUGUGCCCCCCGUCUAGUGCUCACAGAGAUCCUUGCAGUGACACUGUAAGGAAUGCCAGAGUUUUGGCUGGAAAGCCAGAGAGACGUCUCAGAGAGGCUGUGCAGUUGCUGGAGGACUACAAGCAUGGGACUCUGCGUCCUGGGGUCACUAACGAACAGCUCUGGAGUGCACAGAAAAUCAAGCAGGCGAUCCUACACCCAGACACCAAUGAGAAGAUCUUCAUGCCCUUUAGAAUGUCAGGUUACAUUCCUUUUGGGACACCAAUUGUAGUAGGUCUUCUCUUACCCAACCAGACUCUGGCGUCCACUGUCUUCUGGCAGUGGCUGAACCAGAGCCAUAAUGCUUGUGUCAACUAUGCAAACCGCAAUGCUACCAAGCCAUCACCUGCGUCCAAGUUCAUCCAGGGCUACCUGGGAGCUGUCAUCAGUGCCGUCUCCAUUGCUGUGAGUAACUCCUUCCUGUGUCUCUCUUCCUCCAGCUCUGGGACUAGGAGGAUGCCCCAUCGUGCAUCUUGGCGAGGCCUCUGGUGUCAGGGUGGGCAGAGGGGUGUGAGAGACAGAGGCUUC